AUGUGCACACAGUGACGUCGCUACGCAAGUCUGUCUGAUUCCUCUGCUGUUUGUAUUAGUCUUCAGUUGGGCGCCUUCAACAAUCUAGUAGCAACGUGCACGUAAACAGAAAACAAACGACAGGACGUCUCGGUGAAGUCGCCGAUGACCGCUGUACGCGUAAUGCGCUGUCGUUAAGGAUCUCGCGUCAUGCGCGCGGCAGUGUGCGGUGCGUUCAGCUGUCACAACUGAAACUAGUACAUGCAAGCAGUCGCAACACUGGGAAUACUUCUAAACACAACUUAACGCCACUGUUUGGUGUCAUUCUCUCAGUUUUGUGCAUUGGAUUACUAGUGACCAGCAGUAGAGAUAACUGUCACAAUUGGAUGUCGUAAUUACGGUUUAUCAAAUGAUCCAGGUAUGGAGACUAAAAGAUACCAAAGUUACUGCGAAGGGGCAAAUGCAGAAAGCAAAUGGGCACAGAUGCCGAACACCAUGGAGUACUGCUGUUCUGCCGAAGAGAAUUUGACAAACAGCGACGUGCUCAUGGAUAUUGUUAACUCGAGCAAUGCCCCUAACGUGCCGUCUGCCUGCAAGGACAACAACUUUAAAACUACAGAGACAACAAUGCUUAGAGUUAACCAGAAUCAACCGUUACCUUUUCCCUCCUUUAACAACUCCUUCCACAACCGCAAGUCAGAAACAGACUCAAAGGAGCUCUCCAAAACAGUUGCUGAGUCUAUGGGCUUGUACAUGAAUGCUGCCAGGGAGGCAGACUUUAGCUUUGCCCAACAGGGUACUGCAGGAGGGCAGGGUAACCCGGAGAAACUGUAUCCUCUUUGUGGGAGAGCAAUUGAAGACAGCCAGUCCAAAAUGACUGGGAGUCCAAAGAUGAAAGCUCCCCCAGCUUCAUUCCCACCUGGGGCCCAGCUACCCAAUGGUGGCCCUCAGGAGUGCGGUGUGGUCUCUGCCUCAGUGCCCUCUGCACUGGCCACUGCUCUUUCGUGCAGCACUGAUGGGUCUGGACCCAUGUCUAGUCCUACCGGACACAACAUGGUGUCAUCCACUACCAGCCCCAUCUUCUUUGACUCUGAUUGUCCGACGCUGGCUUCUGCCUGCAAAAACUUGACCCAAGGUCAACACACCAGUCCCAACACCUGUAGCCCUGUAAAGUCCAGCAUGGUGGGGUCACCUCCACUGGCCAGUCCGCUCAGUGUUAUGAAGUCUCCAGUUUCCAGCCCUCAUAGCAUAGGUAGUGUGAGCUCACCGCUUUCCUGUAACACCAACAUGAGAUCAUCCGUCUCAAGCCCAACAACAAAUGGAGGCAAUACCUGUAACAUUAGACCAUCCCUCUCCAGUCCACCCACCGUUGGCAGCAUGACCAUGUCCAGUCCCAGGAACUCAUCCAGGGGCUUCUCGGUCUCUAGCCCUCCCAGUGGAUUGGGCCUAGUUCAAAAUGAUAUCAACAGCCCUGAGAGCCGAGAGCACGACUUCAAGGCAUUCGAGUUCCCGAAGGUAGAAAAUGUGGAUGGGGAAAUAUUUAACAUCGGCUUGGAUGCUAUGGGCGUGGCCAAAUAUAUCAAAAACGAACCUGGCACUGAUUACAGGAGUAUGUGCCUAGGCAGCAGCAAGAGCGCCAUGCCACAUUCUCCUUUCGUAACUCACAUUAAAACAGAGCCGAACAGAGAGGCGACAUGUUCGAACCUCCAGUUUGUAGAGCCGCAGCACUCUCUAGGCUGCUUUCCUUCUACAGAGACCACAUACUUGUCUUUGAGGGAUAAUAUUGACGAAUAUAGUCUUUCUGGGAUCUUGGGACCUCCUGUUUCGUCUCUGAAUGGCAACUAUGAACCUGGUGUGUUUCCUAACAAAGGCCUGCCUAAGGGGAUUAAACAGGAAACCAAUGAUGGCGGCUAUUACCAAGAGAAUAAUAAUGUGCCCACGCCGGCUAUUGUUGGCGUUAAUUCAGGUGGACAUUCAUUUCAUUACCAGAUCGGAGCGCAAGGAACAAUGUUGUUUUCACGCCACAAUCUGAGGGACCAGACGAACCCCUUGUUGAAUCUAAUUUCUCCAGUUACUGGAUUAAUGGAGACGUGGAAAACUCGCCCAGGCCUGUCACAGGGGCCUCUCUCUGCCAGAGGGGAUGGCUAUCCAGGCUCUGUCUGCCUUACAGAAAACUUGGAAAGUGCAUCUUUGAGACACACGUCUUCAACAGCCAAAGUGUGUCUGGUGUGUGCAGACGAGGCGUCAGGAUGUCACUAUGGGGUUGUUACAUGUGGAAGCUGUAAAGUUUUCUUCAAAAGAGCAGUAGAAGGUCAGCACAACUACCUUUGUGCUGGGAGGAAUGACUGUAUCAUUGACAAGAUUCGGAGGAAAAACUGUCCAGCAUGCAGAGUACGGAAGUGUCUACAAGCCGGGAUGAAUCUUGGGGCACGGAAAUCCAAGAAGUUGGGGAAGAUGAAGAGCGUUAGCGAGGAUUCCUCCCUGCAGAACUCAAAGGACGGGCCUCCGUUUCUGACCUCGGAGAAAGAGUUGAGCUCAGCCAAUGCUCUUGUCCCCCACGUCCCCACGGUAGCACCGUUUCUGUCACCGUCCGUGUGUAGCGUCCUGGAGCUCAUAGAGCCUGAAGUGGUGUUCGCGGGCUAUGACAACACACAGCCCGACACAACCGACCACCUGCUCACCAGCCUCAACCACCUCGCCGGAAAACAGAUGAUCCGAGUGGUCAAGUGGGCCAAAGUACUUCCAGGUUUCCGCAGUCUACCUAUUGAGGACCAAAUCACGCUGAUCCAGUAUUCCUGGAUGUGUCUCUCCUCCUUCUCCCUCAGCUGGAGAUCCUACAAACACACCAACGCCCAAAUGCUGUACUUCGCCCCUGACCUCGUCUUCAACGAGGAACGUAUGCAGCAGUCAGCCAUGUACGAUCUGUGUGUGGGCAUGCGGCAGGUGAGCCAGGAGUUUGUCCGUCUGCAGCUAACUUACGAGGAGUUCCUCGCCAUGAAGGUCCUGUUGCUGCUCAGCACAGUGCCCAAAGAUGGUCUGAAGAAUCAAGGGGCAUUUGAGGAGAUGCGGGUGAAUUACAUCAAGGAGCUCCGUCGCUCAGUUGGGAGAGCCACUAACAAUUCCGGCCAGACAUGGCAGCGCUUUUUCCAGCUCACCAAGCUUUUGGACGCAAUGCAUGAACUCGUAGGGAGCCUGUUGGACUUUUGUUUCUACACUUUCCGUGAAUCCCAGGCUCUGAAAGUCGAGUUCCCCGAGAUGCUGGUGGAAAUUAUCAGUGACCAAAUACCAAAGGUGGAGUCAGGCCUAACACACACCCUCUUCUUUCACAAGAAAUGACUGAAAGCUUGCAAAAGGAGGGAAAAAUUAAGGAUCACAUGAGAGGAAAAGCAGAGGACACUCAGCCCUCAGAGAGCGAACAAGAGCAAGCCCGCUAUGCACAAAGCAAGGCAUAACGAGAGGCUUGGUUUAAAGCCAUAUAAGGCUUGCGUAGUGCGGUAAGGCAAAGAGCGAUCUCUGUACCCAGCCAACGGAGAAGAACUCAUAUUUCAUGUUCAGUGCGUUCCUUACCCCCAAAGACAAUGCUGACAGUGUUCUAUAUGGAUAUUAAGCCAUAUUCUUUGGUAAAGUUAUAGUGCACAGUCACACACAGAAAUAUGGGCCCACAUACUAGACAUAUCCUUGACUCCCAGACCUGUCAAUCUGCCAGUAAAUACCAUUGCGUUUGUAUGUAACUCUCUUACAAUCUGCUGCUCAGAUUAAAAAAUUACAGGUAAGAUUCAGUAAUAAAACUGCUUUUUAUUGCUGGUUAACAUGGAAAUAUUGAUUAAAUUGGGGUGUUUGCAAAGAGGAAAUAAGAUACUCCAAGGGCUACAAUAUAGCUAUUCUGAAUAAUUGUAGAAAAAAUGUAAUCUAAAUUUAUCUGCAAAAAUGGCAUACAUGUGUAUUUUGAUGACUUGAAGUGUUUACAUAGGCCAUGCUGAUUCAGUGCUGCGGUGGCCUGAUGAUUGAUAAGCUGAAAAAAUGGCAGCUCCGAAAAAAUGCUAUUGGAUCGGGCAGACAAAAAAAAACAUGCAACUUUGCAAUACAGCAAAUAUUAUGGCUCGUCUUGUAAAAAAUUGAGCUCACGCAAACACACAUGCCACAUUUUGUGCGCACGCUUGGACUGUAGCAAAUUUCGUAAAUAGUACCUAAGCUGUUACUAAACCAGCUCCCUUUUGACGUUAAGGAAAAUACAGUACUAAUUUACAGUUCCACACAAGAAAAUCAUUUUAUAUGAUUGUGAAGUUUUUGCGUUUCCAAGAAACAAUCCAGCUAGAAGCCAUUUUCUAACAAGGUGCUUCUGUUUUCUUAACGUAAAUAGUAGAUGAUUUUCAGUAGCAGCACGUGUACAGUUAGAUACCGCUUUUCUGAAGCAUACAGCUUUCAUAUUAGUAAACAACAAUAACAGCUGUAGUUCACGUAGUAGUCUAUUGUAAGAAACACACAGGGUUACAUGGACUAAUAACAACAGUAACCUGCUCAUAAACACACAAUAUAUGUGUAUCGUAUGAUUAUAAUUGUUGCUUGUAGGAAUAUUUUUUUCAAACGUUGUACAUAGGAAGUUUUUGAUUUCAGCAACCUUGCAAUUAAAACUUGGCUAUUUGGGGAAAUACCAGUUGACUUGAGAGUACUUGAGUUAAUUGUAUCUUAAAAAGGAAUUUGGACCACUUUUUCAUGUUUCAUAACCCCACUGUGCUACUGAUUGGAAUCAAAAGAGGCUAGUUCUCAAAUGCUGUGAGUCUGAGGACAAUGAAGGUUUGUGUGUGUAUUUGCUUUUCUGUUUUUCUCUCAAAUUUCUUAAAGGCACAGGAUAGCUGACUCAUUUUUGAGAG